AUGGCGCUAGAUUUUACAAGAAAACCUCAAAGGGCGCGCGACCGCCAGGUGGCGCCACGUACUGCCGGUUUUAAGACUACGAUGCCCCGGAAAAGAAAAACUAAGGAAGAAGUACGAGAAAAGACUAAAAUAGCACGCAGAAAAAGAUAUGAACAUAUAAAAUCAAACGCUGUCUUAUAUGCUCUAGAAAAAGAAAAGAAACGUCAAAAAUAUACAAGACAAAAGGAACAAUAUUCUGUUCAA